AUGUCCCAUCUCAUUAUGUUAAGGACAUUAGGUUGUUUUUCUUUAUAUCUAGUUCUGAACAGUCUGAUCAGAAGAUGCCACUGUGUAGUUUAUACUUAUGAAGACAUUGAAUUAAGAAGAAUAUUUCCAAGUGAAUUCCCUCAAGAUACAAUUAGAAAAUCUGGUACUUUAGACGCAGAGCAUUUAGGUCGUUACGCCGAGUUACAGAGCUACUUCAAAUUCCCAAAAGCCAAAGUAAACAGCCAUUUUGAAGAAUUAGUGUGCUAUGAUAGAGACGAUAAAAAGCUAUGCAAAAUAGAUCUAGAAAGAUAUUCUCCCGAAGAAGACGCGUACUACAUGUCUCCAAUAUUCGACAGUCACGUUGAUCGAAGGCGAGUCUACUGUUUUAUGCUGCUCUGCUUCACAGAAGAUGAACUAGAUAGAGUGGUCGCCUCGUUUUAA